GUUUCUCACAAAAUGAGUCUGUCGAGAGCGCAGCUGGAGCAGCAACUGGACUGAGCGUGGAGCAGACAACAUUAACUGUCCACUCCGAACACAAAAUGGAUUACAGACGGGUUAAGCGUAUUUUAUUUGUCAGUGUAUUUAUGAACUUUGUAUUUAUUUCUCUUCAGAAAAAGGAAGAGGUGCUGCUGGAUAUGGUGGCUUCGGGAGCAGAGUUGGGUUGGUUGACAUCGCCUGUAGAGCACGGGUGGGAGAUAGGCCAGCGGGCUGUGAACGGCUCUCUGUUGUAUAACUAUUAUAUAUGUAACGUGGAGGAACGAGAACAAGACAACUGGCUUCGUACUACAUUCAUCCAGCGCCACCCCACAGCCUCUCGGGUCUUCGUGGAGCUGCGAUUUGUAGUCCGUGAUUGCAACUCUUUCAAUGCAGACUCGCUUAUCUGCAAGGAGACCUUUAACUUGUACGCCUCUGAGGCCGACGCGGACAUUGGCACUGCUUUCCGCAAAGGCCUGUUCCGCAAAGUGGCCACCAUUGCUCCAGAUGAAAUAUCCAGCCUUGGGGAGAUGAAGAUGAACAUUGAGACAAAAGUAGUGGAUAAUCUUUCUCGCAAGGGCUUCUACUUGGCCUUCCAGGACAUUGGGGCCUGCGUUGCCAUCUACUCUGUCAGGGUUUACUAUAAAACUUGUCCAGCAACAGUGAAGAGCUUGGCAGAGUUCCCUGAGACUGUGGCAGGGGGAGAGAAUCAAGCCCUACGGGAGGUGGCUGGAAGUUGCGUCUCAAACGCUGUAAGCGAGGACCAACCUCGCAUUUAUUGCACCACGGAUGGGGAAUGGGUGGUACCUGUGAGCCAAUGCCAGUGCAGACCCGGGUUCGAAGCCAUGAACGAUGCAUGCCAAGAAUGUCAGUCUGGCUUCUUCAAAUCGUCAGUGUCCAGUGAGGCCUGUAAACCCUGUCCAAAAAACACCCAGCCCUCAGGUCAUGGCGCCACCAGCUGCACCUGCAUGGACGGCUUUUAUCGAGCAACUGAGGACCCCAAAACAGCCGUUUGCUCUGGUUUACCCUCCGCUCCUCAGAGUCUGGUGGCCACCACAGCUCAGAUGUCAAUAGGCAGGCUUCAAUUGUCAUGGAGGCCCCCUGCAGACACCGGCGGGCGCAGUGAUAUCACAUAUACUGUGGUUUGCGAGCGUUGUGAGGGGAGGGCAUGUCAGCCUUGUGGAGAGAAAGUGCGUUUAGAUCCAAGCAACACUGACCUGAAGGAGACCAGAGUCACUGUGAGUGAACUGGAGCCCCAUUUGAACUACACCUUCACCGUGGAGGCACGGAGCGGAGUGUCCCAGUUCAGCAAUAAGAGAGCCACCAGCAGCAUCAACACUGCUUUACAUUAUACAGAUCCCCCAAAAGUGACUGCGAUGCAUCUUGUGGACAGCAGCUCCACCAGCCUGUCGCUUCAGUGGUCUGUUUCUCACCGUUCCAAGCCAGUUGCCACACGUUAUGAACUGAUGUAUCGCAAAAAGGAAAAUGAUGAGGAGAUAGCCAAUGGAAAGGUCACUACCUACACUGUGCUGGUGCUGGAAAAGAACUUAGUUCAGAUCAGUGAUCUGUCUCCUUCCACCGUCUACUUGUUUAAAGUUCAAGCUCUCAGCCCAGAAGGAAACCCAGGCAGCUACAGCUUGGAACAGGAGUUUUCAACGCUCCCGCAAGCUUCUCAAAAAACAGGAAACACAGCAGUGGUCCUCGGGGCCGCAAUCGGAGGAGGCGUCAUGCUUUUCAUCGUGGUAGUGGUCCUGCUUCUGCGAAAACGGCGAAGAAACUCUCACACCAGACAAGGGCCAGAGGACGCCUAUUUCUCCAGCCCAGACCAGUUGAAGCCGUUGAAGACCUACGUUGAUCCUCACACGUAUGAAGACCCCAACACGGCGGUGCUCAAGUUUGCCAGCGAGAUCCAUCCUAGUCACAUCACAAAGCAGAAAGUCAUCGGAGCAGGUGAGUUUGGAGAGGUGUAUCGAGGAAUUCUGAAAGCUCCCAGUCGCAAGGAAACAGCGGUAGCAAUAAAGACGCUAAAGCCAGGAUACACAGAGAAACAGAGGCAGGACUUCCUCAGUGAGGCCAGCAUCAUGGGACAGUUCUCACAUCAGAACAUCAUCCGACUGGAGGGGGUGGUCACCAAAUUCAAGCAUGCCAUGAUUGUGACUGAGUACAUGGAAAAUGGAGCUCUUGAUAAAUACCUGAAGGAUCAUGAUGGCGAGAUGUCAUCCUUCCAGUUGGUUGGUAUGCUCCGUGGCAUUGCGGCCGGAAUGAAAUAUCUCUCAGACAUGAGCUAUGUACACAGGGAUCUGGCUGCCAGAAACAUCUUGGUCAACAGCAACCUGGAGUGCAAGGUGUCUGACUUUGGUUUGUCACGUGUUUUGGAGGACGACCCUGAAGGAACCUACACCACCAGCGGAGGUAAAAUUCCGAUUCGUUGGACUUCUCCGGAGGCCAUAGCUUACAGGAAAUUCACGUCAGCAAGUGAUGUGUGGAGUUUUGGCAUUGUCAUGUGGGAGGUCAUGGCCUUUGGAGAGAGGCCAUAUUGGGACAUGAGUAACCAUGAGGUAAUGAAGGCCAUUAAUGAGGCUUUCCGCCUUCCUGCUCCAAUGGACUGCCCCUCUGCGGUCUAUCAGCUGAUGUUACAGUGCUGGCUGCAAGAUCGCUCCAAACGGCCCCGCUUUGGCGACAUUGUCAGCAUACUAGACAAACUCCUCAAGAGCCCAGAUUCUCUGAAGGCCAUUGCAGAUUUUGACCCUCGAGUUUCCAUUCGGCUUCCCAGCACCAGUGGCUCAGAUGGCUCUCCCUUCAGGUCUGUGGCCGAGUGGCUGGAGUCCAUCAAGAUGAGCCAGUACAGUGAAAACUUCAGCAUAGCCGGAAUCGUCAGCAUGGAGCAGGUGCUGCAGAUGAAGAGCGAGGAUAUUCGUAACAUUGGCGUCCGUCUGCCGGGCCAUCUGAAGAGGAUUGCCUACAGUAUCUUGGGGCUUAAGGACCAGACGAGCACCCUGAGUGUAUUUGCAGUGUGAACGGUCUUUAAAAUGCACCGAAGGGACCGAACCCUUUGGCCGUGGACUGAAUAAACUCUCAUCUGCCUCGGGAUUGGACUGCAGGGACAGCCCUUGACCUGGCCAUAACCCUCCAGUGCAGCGAGAUGGACUCUCACCGCUGUGGAGACGAGUAGCAUUUGGUGUACUUAUCAAAGAUGGAGGAAGUGUAAAACAAUCAAAAAGCUAUUGAUGUAUGCAUCAAACCAUGUAUAUUAGAUAUAUUUUUAC